AUGGCCCGCCCCUCGAAUACUCAUGUCAAACUGAAUGACGCGGUGUCCAUCCCCGUUCUCGGGUAUGGCACCGGCACCGCCUGGUACAAAUCCGCCGGAGACACCUCGAUCAAUCGUGACCUGGUGGAAUCCGUCAAGACCGCCAUUCGACUAGGAUACCGUCACCUAGACGGUGCCGAGGUCUACAACACCGAGGCCGAACUGGGUGUCGCCAUCCGCGAGAGCGACGUCCCGCGAGAAGACCUUUUCGUCACCACCAAAGUGCGCAAUAAUGUGACCAAUAUUCCCGGCGCCAUCGAUCAAAGCUUGAAGAAGCUUCAGCUUGACUAUGUAGAUCUCUAUCUGAUUCACGAACCGUUCUUCGCCCAGACCGACGACGACCUACAGGGCGCAUGGGCCGCGAUGGAAGAAGUGCAACGCUCGGGAAAGGCGCGGGCGAUCGGAGUGUCUAAUUACCUGCGGUCUCACCUCGAAGCUACGCUGAAGACCGCGACCAUCCCGCCGGCCCUCAACCAGAUUGAAUUUCACCCCUAUCUGCAGCACGGCGAUUUGCUCGCAUUUCACCAGGAAAAAGGAAUCAAAACCGCGAGCUACGGUCCUCUCACUCCGGCGACUCGCGCGCAGGGCGGGCCCGUGGACCCGACCGUGUCGGCGCUGGCCAAGAAGUACUACGUCUCCGAAGGCGACGUGCUGCUGCGCUGGUCCAUUGACCGAGGGGACGUGUCGGUUACUACAAGCUCGAAGGAGUCGCGAUUGCAGGAGUAUUUGCGUGCCCUAUCUUUCCGCUUGACUCCGGAUGAGGUGGAAACGAUUGCUCGCCUCGGACAGGAAAAGCAUUAUCGAGCCUUUUGGCGAAACAACUUUGCCGAAGAUGAUCGGUCGUAG